AUGUCGCACACUACUCCGGCCGGAAAGCAGACGAGCCGAUGCAAAGUUCCCACUUGGGGCGCGCAGAGGAGGACGACGAUGCUUGGGGAAGCAGAUGGCAGGACCCCCAGAAGCACAAGAGACAACGAACCGGCUAUUGAUGGUGCUGAUGUGAGCUCUGUUGACAACGUGAGCUCUGUUGACAACGUGAGCUCUGCAGUUCACUUGGGCAGCAAAACCUACGUUUGGCCGAAGAGAGUCGUGAUCGUUGGUUACGGGGUUGCCAAGACGGGAGGUCGUCCACCACCUCAGGUGACAAAAUUGUUGGAGAGGUUGACAAAGGAAUGUGACUGGUCCAACCCCUGGGAGGUUCGCUUGCAGGAUGAAAUGCACGUGAAGAAGCUUCAUGACAUUUGUACAUUUUUCAUUCAAUUCAGUUUCACUCAAUUGACAAUUGAGGGCAGUGACAGUGACAGUCAUGGAUGGAAGCCAAGGGAUGCCGAUGGAAAAAAGUUUGGCAAAGAUUGUGGCCUAUACCAGCGUACCAUGGCACAGGUGUAUCGUCAUCCCGCAGCACUCAAGACGCUCCACUUCAUCCUCAAUUUCCCCCACAAGUUGCUCAGGCUUCUCGAGUCUUUGAAUGCUGAAGGUCUCGGAGGUUAG